UGUAGCCCCAGACCAAAGCAACAGAUAGACGAGAGCUGUUGCUAAAUGACAAGUCGCCUGUCGAACAAAGUCAUGGCGUUGCUUAAACAAAGUUGCUGCGUCGCGGGGCGAUUCUCCACACGUCACCUGCGACUGAGUCCCAGGUGCUUCCCACAUAUUUACACCACCAGUCAAUCAACUGUGGCCAAAUCAUCCACUGUCCAAACUGAGAUGAAGAAGGAGCUGCUGAGUGAUGAGGGGCCUGAUCUGCAAGACUUUAUCUCAGGAGACCUUUCUGAUAAAAGCAAGUGGACAGAAUACAGAGGCAACCUGAAGAGACAGAAGGGAGAGAGACUCCGACUUCCUCCAUGGCUGAAGACAGAAAUUCCCAUUGGAAAGAACUACAACAGGCUGAAGAACACACUGAGAGACCUCAACCUGCACACAGUGUGUGAGGAGGCCAGGUGUCCAAACAUUGGGGAAUGCUGGGGAGGAGGGGAGCACGCCACGGCUACAGCCACCAUCAUGCUGAUGGGAGACACGUGCACUCGCGGAUGCAGGUUCUGCUCGAUUAAGACGGCCCGUCGACCUCCACCUCUGGACCCAGACGAGCCCUUCCACACAGCCAAAGCCAUCGCUGCGUGGGGCCUGGACUACGUGGUUCUCACCUCAGUUGACAGAGAUGACAUUGCUGAUGGUGGAGCAGAGCACUUUGCUAAGACAGUCACUAACCUGAAGGAACGAAACCGUGAGAUCCUGGUCGAAUGUCUGACCCCCGAUUUUCGUGGUGACCUGGCAGCAGUGGAGAAAAUUGCCCUGUCGGGGUUAGAUGUGUACGCUCAUAAUGUGGAGACCGUACGCGAGCUACAAAGGUAUGUGCGUGACCCCAGAGCAAACUUUGACCAGUCUCUGAGUGUCCUGAAACACGCUAAGAAGGUCACGCCCACAGUGCUCACCAAGACGUCCAUCAUGUUGGGACUGGGGGAGACUGAACAACAGAUACUCAACACUUUAACUGAGCUGCGAGAGGCAAAUGUGGACUGUAUAACACUCGGGCAGUACAUGCAGCCCACGAAACGCCACCUAAAGGUGGAAGAAUACGUCACUCCAGAAAGGUUUGCACACUGGGAGAAAGUUGGGAAUGAUUUGGGCUUUGUUUACACAGCCAGUGGACCACUGGUGCGAUCCUCCUACAAAGCAGGCGAGUUCUUCCUGAAGAAACUUCUGAAGGAAAGAAAAGCAGAAGUCACUGAAUCGGAAUGAUAAGCAGCAAACCAACAGCUCCUGUAGUCUGCACUGCACAUUAUUUUUUUACCACCUCCCUACAGUUACAAUAUCAGCUCCGCUGGUUUGCAGUACAACAAUUUACUGAUGUGACCCACAACACAGGAAGCCUUUUUCUUAACGACUGGUAAGAACAUCUGCACUCAUUGUUCUUCAAUAAACACCUGGGACAAUCCAGAGUACAGUUUAGGAAGAGAACAAAGAGAACAAAGAGCAGUAAGAAGCCUGUAGACAUGUAGAGGGUCCACAUCAAUCUGACAGGGGGAAAAUACAAGUGGUUAACAGCUGUAAUUAUCCACGUCUGCAUCUAAAUCACAUCAACCGUCAGCUCCUUUCCCUUGGGGGCUCAGGGCUUGAGGUAGUGAACCACUGACCUUUAACAUCAACCUCUGUUUACGAGGACUUCAAUGUCCUCCGUUUCAGGAAUGAUGAUUUAAUUAAGCAAAUGCUUUGUUUGCAGGAGAUGUUCAAUGGCAAAGUCUGUCUGCCAACGAUUGUAUUUUUAAAGUUGUUUUUUUACAGCUACACUCAGUAGCUGUGUCUAAAGAUAUAUCACAACAUGUUUGUUUUAAUGAUAUGGUAUCUGGCUAGACAAAAUAAUAAUUUAUAAAUGUGCUGUAUAUUUAAAGAGUUAAAACUCAAUAUUUUUUCCCCUUCUUAAGAAUACACAACUGGCACAAAUUAAGAACACACCUCACAUUUUAUUGCAUUGGCCCCAACAGCUGCUGAGACAUACUGAUAAAAGCAUAGUAAAAUGAUUCAUACAAAUGUGUUUUUAAAAAAAUAGUAUAAAAAUCGUAAUAUUUGAUUAUACAGUAAAUGCCAUUAGAAGAUCGUCUAAUAGUGUUUCUUUGAAAACAAUGAAAUGUUUGAUUUAUAAAUGCUGUUCACAUGAAA